UGCAGGCGCAGAGUCAGCGCGAAAGGGGUAUAGGUUGGACAGAGGCGAGUGUGUGCUUUUGCCAGUUUCGGAGUCGUCGAAAGUGCGUGCUUGUGAUUACCCGACGUUUUUUCGAAAUUCGUCGAAGGGAAGUUGGCAAAAAUUAAUGGACAAUCGAGCGAUUCCAAGGGUUCUAUGAGUAACCUCGUUCGCUACAGGCCGCAAGUUUACGGCUCGACGCGUAGGGGCGAAACGGCAACAACAUGCUUUUCGAGUGAAAGACUCAUCGGAGGGUUGCCGUCCGCAUUCGACGGGAAUCACCAGCAAAUGCGUCGAUGGGUUGAGUCAUUAAUCGCAAGCUCGUGCUUGCAACAUCGAGCCUGUAAAUAUAUGUAAAGCUUGCGAGGUGGCAGUUGGGGAGAGGCUGGCCUGUUCAAGUACAUAUUCAUAUUGGUUUGUGUAUGAUGUCUGGAGAAGACGGAGACUUGUUAUUGUUGUUGGCCUUGCCUAUGUAGUCCUCGUAAAUAGGGAUUACAUUCGAACAUAAGGACGAAGUUGCAUCGAGUGAAGAGAAAAGGCAGUGUUAGUGAGUGACGACAAAUGAUGGAGCAGCAACAAGACUGUAUCAGAAGGAAUCCAGUCAUGUGUCGUUAUCAACAGCAACAGCAGCAACAGCAGCAGCAGCAGCAGCAGCAGCAGCAACAUCAGCAACAGCAAAAUGAUUACAAGCUCGACACAUCGUCCACUUCACAGGGCCAAUCGUCGCUGGAAAAAAAUAUUCAAAUUCCACCGAAACUGCAGCACAAUCAUGCGCUUCAUCAUAUACAAAUCGAGCGCGCGAACACAGCAGCAUCGAUGGGAUCGGGCUCGCCAGCGACUUCGUGCACGGCAGCUGCGGCAGCAGCAGCAGCGAGUCUCGUCAGCAUCGCGGUAUACUUGACCAAUGACUUGUGCUUGAUGAUGGACGUCAAGCGCAACGCCACGGCUCAACACAUCGUCAACUUGAUACAAUCCGAUCCGGAAUUGGCGCUCGCGAGGACGUCGUCUUUUGGUCUCAAUUGCAACGCUCAACAGCAGCAGCAGCAGCAGCAGCCUGUUUUUGCGCUUUGGCUAGUUUCGGCCCAGCUCGAAAUUCAACUGCGGCCGACGCAUAAGCCACUGGAGCUUGCGACCAAAUGGCCUCGAUUGGUCAACAAGUAUUGCCGUUACGUGCGCUCCAAUGGCAACGACAGCGAGCCACUCUUAUAUUUUCGACGAAACGUAUUUUUGUCGAGGCGAGAAGAAGAAAAGAUCAAGGAGCCCAAAAUUCUUGAACUGCUCUACGCAGAAGCCAAGGAAAAUGUUCUCAAAGGGAGGUAUCCAUGCGAAAGUCAAGCAAGAUACAUUAAUCUAGGAGCAUUACAAUGUCGAAUUGAACUUGGAGUAUACAACCCGGGUUUUCACACAUUGAACUUUCUUCGUAAGAAUCGAGAUCGGUUUUUACCGCAUCAUUUCGACAUUCCUCUGCUUGGCCGAUUGGGUCUAGUUAGUGGCAAGGGCUCACCAGAGGCUCGAUUACUUGAGCACUACAAACGUAUACCCGCCCAAGCAAUGUCUGUGCAGACAGCAAAUGCAAAUCCGAGAAAAUUCGUUAGAAAAUAUUUGGAAUUUUGUUGGAAUUUGCCUUGCUAUGGUGCCGCCUUUUUUCGUGGUCAAAUUGAAAGACCGGUUAGAGGACUCACUUCCUGGAUUAUCAAUAGAGAUAUGGAUGUGCUUGUUGCAAUCAACAAUGUUGGUGUAUAUAUUGUCGAUGAUGCUCAAUGUAGCUUGUUAUUAGGAUUAAGAUAUUCAGAGUUGAAUUGGGAAAUGGCAAAACCAUCAGAUGAAGGAAAUCCAGAUUGCUUGCCAUGUUUAUUUCUUCAAUUUCCUGUUCGAGAAAAUGGAGAACGUGUAUAUAAAAUACUACAAGUAUUCUCGAGACAAGCAAUGAUGAUGGAUACACUGAUAUCUGGUUUUGCGGAAGAAAACAGGCAUAUCGAAGCAAGUGAAGAUAAUGUCAAUGCUAAUAACAGGUCCCAAGACAAUAGUUUCAUGACUAACCUUGCUAAUGUCGGUUCUUUUACAAAUAAACUGAGUAAAUUAACUCUUGCUACAUUUGAUGAUGAAGGCCGUUGUAUUGGUCAAAUGGGCUCGUGGUCGUUUCAGUAGCUAUUUGCUUCUACUGAAAACCAUUCAACUCUUGCAUCAUUUAACUUGAUAACUGUUAAAAAUUUAGAGCCAACACUAACAUUUUUAUAAAAAUCUCAAUAUAGUGUACAUAUAACAAAUCUUUAUCGAUGCGUCACUAAUUGUUAAAGAAACAAAAACAAAAAAUAAAGACGAUCUUUUUUACGAA